GAAGGGCCAGCUGCUUCUCCUGGACAGCGUCGGCUUGCUCAACUCCGCGUCUGACUGGAGUCUCCGCUGCCGCCAGGAUGCGGUGGCGGGACCGGCUGGCUGUGCUCUUCUUUCCAGAAGGCAUGAUGCUCACUGUGGCCUCACUGAUGCUCUUCCUCAUACACCUGAGCGUCUUUGCCAGCGACGUGCACAACUUCUGUGUCACCCACCACUACGACCGCAUGAGCUUCCACUACACGGUUGUCCUGAUGUUCUCCCAGGUGAUCGGCAUCUGCUGGGCCGCCAUGGGGUCACUCUACGCUGAGAUGACCGAUAACAAUGCUAAAUGGAGCCAUGUUCUUCAACCGGCUGUCUCUGGAGUUUCUGGCCAUCCAAUACCGGGAGGAGAGUCACUGAGGCCAGAGGACCGGGCCGAGAAGGGGGAAGGAAAAGGAGGCUUCGGUGUUUUAAUAAAGUCUGUCAUUUAUUUCCACCUGUCAUCUCCUUCGUGGGGAGGAGGGUGGGAGGCUGGAGACCCAGGGUAA